GUCCACGUGAGUUAUCUUUUCAAGAUGGCUACAUCUGAUGCAGGAAAGUUAGGUUAGUGAAGGUUUUUCUCUUGCCAGUUUGAACCAAAUCAAGUGGCGCAUCUUAGAAGUAAUUGUUACCUGAAUUGUAACAAGAGGUAGUAUUGUUUGAGGCAGGUGUCUCGAGGGAAGGAGAGCCAUGUCGAUGGUCACAAUCAAAGAAUCUGUUCGAAUUACUUAACAUUGCUAGUAGUAUCAUCCUGUAGUAGUAUUAAGCUUAAAUGGUUUUAAUUCAAGAAAUCAACUGACAACUGAGUGAAAACUAAGUGGAUAACUUAGUUAACUUUACUUUAACUUUAACUGGCAUUAUUGAUCAACGGCUAGCUAAACAGUGAAAUUAGUACAAUUUGAUUUUACACUGAACUGUUUCAAAGGAAUUUAAUACACAAAAACUGUUAAGAACAAAAUGAAAUUAGAAUAACAAUAAUUAUGGAUGAUACAUACUCUGAAAAGGUUGUCAGAUGGCACGUAUACCGCUCUAAUGAUUGCCAGUUCAGAUCCUCAAGCACAGCAGAAAGUCUACUAUUAUGAGAGAAGUCAUUAAAGGGGUAAUUCUGGUUAGCCACUCAAAAUUCAGAAUCCAAUGACCAUAAGUCCAUUUUUGUAAAUGUAAUAAUGAUCUCACCUCCAUUAAAUGGACAUAUUAAAAACCUAUUGUUGUUAUACCACAAGGUGCUUGAGAUAUGUUCAAACCUCCUUGUUAUAGGGUCCCGAAUAGGUGUUUUGGGUUGUGGUAUAUUUCUUUUCUAAAGGCCAGGAUUCGGCAUUUUUAAAGCAAAGUGGGGACAAGAUUCGGGAGUGAAAGUAUGCAUGGGAUGUGGGAUGUCGAAAACAACCAUCAGGUUUACUAGACUGAGCAAAAAUUUGGGUAGGGAUGACUAGAUUAAAAAACCCGAUUACAGACCUUCUUUUUACUUUAUUAACAUCUGUAAUAUUUCCUUACACAGCAAUUCUUAGUGUCUCCAAUAAAGAGGGACUUGUGGAAUUUGGCAAAAAACUUCACGAGCUGGGAUUCAAAUUGAUUGCAUCUGGAGGAACAGCUAAGAAACUCCGAUCUGCUGACAUUCUCGUUGGGUAAUAAACUUUUCAUUGCUAAUCAUGUUUUACUAAUAACUUCAUGACAUGUCACCAAUAAUUAAAGAUCUUUUUUAUCUUUUCUAAGGUUGAAUGAUUAUUUUCACCUCUUAUACUAAUCCCACUUUUCAUCUAGGAUCAUGUUCGUUACGGGGGUAUGUCCAUGCACAUGUCUAGUAUUGCAAAACUGUCCACUUGUCUUUCAGAGAUGUUUCCAGUGUAACUGGUGCCCCUGAGAUGUUGGGAGGAAGAGUGAAGACUCUACACCCCGCUGUUCAUGGAGGUACCCUCUCUGCUUUUAUUUAUUUAUUUAUUUAGGUUUGCCAGUUCUUUACAGGGUUACCACAAGAGCAUAGUGCCAAAUAAUGCGAGCUUGUAACACUGUCCUUCCCCCAUGAGAGAGGCCACCACACCAAGGACUACGUCCCUUACUCUUUACAAACAGUUGGUUCUUUAACAUUCCACAGUAUUUUUAAGUUGUGCAAAGGUUGUGAGUUGCGGCCUACAGUUUAUUGUCUGUAUCUGAGUGAACUAGAAAGUCAAGGCGUUUGCAGAUGUCUUUACAAAGGCAGCACUUUCUCCUCAGACCCUGAGUGUUAUUCUGUCCGGGGUUUGAACCAGUGGCCUCCCGCAUGGCAGACCAGUAGUUGUCCAAUUGAGCUUACAGGGCUGAGCUUGCCAUCCUGGAUAAACGUUGAAUGUUAAGAAUAGAAAUAAGCGAGCAAAAUUAGUUUAGCUAAUAUUUGAAUCAUGUAAAAAUUUGUUGUGUUGUCUAGAUUGUACUUAUAUGUGGUAUGUCAGUGUGGAUUCGGUAUGACAUAUUUACAUGGAUAGUUUAAAUGCAAACUGGUUUUUAUUUCAGGAAUUCUUGCCAGACUAACUGAAGCUGAUAAAUCUGAUAUGAUACAACAAGGAUAUGAAUAUAUCAGGUAACAUAUAUUACAGAUCUAGACUAAAGUACACUUAUUAAAAUAACAUUAUACACUGUAAAUGAUUUGCUAUCAACAUCUUAUUAAGGCUUGAUCUCAGGGGACGUUCUGAAUUAUGUUUUGCAGAAUUGUGGUGUGUAACUUGUAUCCUUUUGUAAAAACUAUUUCAAAGGAAGGAUGCACAAUGGAAGAUGCCGUGGAAGAAAUUGACAUUGGUAAAAAUGCUGCCAUAUUUCAGCUUUUUUUUCCUGUUUACAUACUGAUGCUAUAAGAGAGCUUAUAACCUGCAGUGCAUGCAUCUUCUGGUGUUGAUUCACUGUGCAAAUGUUCAAAAGUAGCACUGAUAGAUAAAAGGAGAUAGCACAUCAUUGGCCUAAGGUAUAUGAAAUAAAAAACUGUUUUUCAAUAACUUAUAGGCGGGGUUACCCUUUUAAGAGCUGCUGCUAAGGUAUAUGAAAUAAAGAACUGUUUUUCAAUAACUUAUAGGUGGUGUUACCCUUUUAAGAGCUGCUGCUAAGAAUCAUGCACGGGUGACUGUCAUAUGUGAUCCUAAAGAUUACGAGAGGUUAGUGUUACAUUAUAGCUGCUGCUAUACAGCUGUUACUGCAGCAUAUAAAAGUUAACAUUUCUGUGUGUACUCUAACUACGUGAAUAAUCUUUUUAGAUAUUAAUUUUCUAUUAAAUCCUCUGUUGCUUAUAGGGUAGCUGAUGAAAUGACCUCUACUGAUGACAAGGACACCUCAAUUCAUACAAGAAAAAUGCUUGCAUUAAAGGUUGGCAUGGUUGUCAGAAAGUUUUGAAGUAGAUGGCUGAGUUGUCAAAAUAAGUGGCCAGUUCAGGGACAUUCUAUUUUAAUCACACCAUCUGUAAAGAAAUGCCAAGCAGAGUAGCCGUCCAAUACUAGUCAAGUAGGCGGCAAUUUUCACCGGCAACUGGCUACUUUUGACAACCCAGGGUGGGUGUAAAUCAACCCAGGGUGGGUGUAAAUCUAAGUUUAACAACUUUUUGUACUUUACUGCAGGGUUCUUUUCAUAACAGUGUGACAUGGUGGCCUGUUCUAGAAACCUAGCUACUUGCAUUGUUUUACUGUUCUUAAAUGAUAGCACCCUGGAUUGCUUUGGUUAAAAGCAUUGGGACUCCCAAGAACAUAGACACUGUAGCCUUAUACAGGCUUCCCAUCCAUGUGUUAAUGAUAUGUUCCAGUCAUGAGUCUCUCACAGACUCAGUGAAUACACUGUAGGUACAGGCUGCCCAACCAUGUGUUAAUAAUAUGUCCCAGUCGUAAGUCUCUCAGAGCAAGUACAUUGUAGCCUUGUACAGGCCACCGCCCAGCCAUGUGCUAAUAACAUUUCAGUCUUCAACUGCACAGAUGUACAGGAACAUAGACACUGUAGCCUUAUAUAUGCUUCCCAUCCAUGUGUUAAUGAUAUGUUCCAGUCAAGAGUCUCUCACAGUGAAUACAUUGUAGGUACAGGCUGCCCAACCAGGACAAAACUUAUCUAACCUGUAUUAUUUUAAUAUGUUUCAGGCCUUUAGUCAUACUGCAGCUUACGAUGAGGCCAUUUCUGAUUACUUCAGAAAGAAAUACAGUGAAGGAGUGUCUCACAUUCCCCUUCGCUAUGGCAUGAAUCCCCAUCAAAAGCCAGCACAGUUGUUUACAUCAGAGCCUAAACUGCCAGUCAACAUUCUGAAUGGAUCUCCUGGCUUCAUCAAUCUCUGUGAUGCUUUUAACUCAUGGCAGCUUGUUAGGGUCAGUUUUCAAAUCUAGUUACAAGUCUAUACCGUUAGGGUACUGCUGUUAAACCCAUUAACAUCUGGACUUUGCUUCUCUUGCACUAGCGCUUGUAAGAAAAAUUUUCCAUUCAGAUUUUGGCUGAAAUUGACAAAUCCAUUUUUAGAUCAAUGAUCUCAAAUUAUCGAAAACUAGCAGUCAAAUUGUUUGAGUUAUUUUUCAGUUACUUAGGCUUUGUUCUUACAUUUAGAUCUCAAGUUAUUUAAAAAAAAAAAGGUUGGAUGUGACUUGUCAUUUUUUUUUCAUUCUUUGAUGAUGAACCAAUGCAAAAUAAUUGUUUUAAAAACUGCUCUCAAAAUCAAAAUCAAAGAAUCUCAAGUGGUCUAGGUCUAGCAAUUAUUUACCAAUCACUCUAACUUUAGAAAGCACUUCACUGUGUUUGUUUGUGACCAAAAUUAUUAUUUUUGUUUUCCAUCCAUUUUAGUAGCUAUAACAAUCUUUUUAUCUCUUUGCCUGUUUUAGGAGUUGCGGCAGUCUUUAGAUUUGCCAGCAGCUGCAUCUUUCAAACACGUCAGUCCAGCUGGAGCAGCUGUAGGUGAACCACUGACAAAAGAACAGGCCAAACUGUGCAUGGUUGAUGAUAUGAUUGACAGCUUGACACCACUGGCCACGGCUUAUGCUAGGGCAAGAGGAGCUGACAGGAUGUCAUCAUUUGGUGACUGGGUUGCACUAUCAGAUGUCUGUGAUCUUCCAACAGCAAAAAUCAUUUCAAGAGAGGUAAAACUUUGUUCUGCUUUUCGCUUCAGUGCUUCAGUGCCUAACUUCUGCCCUAGGGUGACUAGAAAAUCUCAGAUUUUUCAUACAAAUCAUAUGCUGGGCACCCUAGAUUUUACAGUUUCAGAGCACUGGGGUCCCUUCAAUUUUCCUUACAGCACAGCCUUGAAGUAACAAUAUUAUGGUACAUUUUUAUGCCAUGCAUUGUUGUUGUUAACUUUGUUUUUGUGUACGUUUUUGGUGAUGGUUUUGUGCUUUGUGGCUUCUUCACCCAUUAAGGUUUCAGAUGGUAUAAUUGCUCCUGGCUAUGAACCAGAUGCAUUAGAAGUGCUGAAAAAGAAGAAAGGAGGCAAAUACUGUGUUCUUGAGGUAGGUCAAAUUACCUAAUGAUAAUGAUUGAUAUAACAAUAACAAUAAUAACUUAUUAUAAUUAUAUUUAACCAACUGCCUCGCUUAAGUGGAAGGUGGGUGCCUGGGAUACCCAGGGGCUUCCACUGUGGUCAGCCAGCCCCUAGCUAGAAUAGUGCCCCAUGGCUGGCAAAUCCCCGCAACCCAGUUAUGAGCCCCCAUUCCAAGCUGAAGGGACUCUCCGAGCUGAUGCAUGCCAGAUCGGAGAGGGAAAGAGGAGGGGCAGAUCCAGGAUUUUUUCAAAGAGGGGGUUGUUGUGAGAUACUAUAUUAAGGACUAAGAGUACAGUGCAACAAUGAUAGUUGUUUGUCUCUUUCUUUACCUGCCUAUUCAAUCAGACAGACUAGCUUGAAAGGGCCUUCUUGGAUGAGCCCUUACUAAGGCUUCCUAGCAUAUCUUGUCCACCUCUACCUCGAUUUGCGCGAAUCUCUUGGAGUAGUACAUGACAAUCACUGCGAGGUUAGAGAAUCACUCUUCAGACAUUGUUGAGCAGGUCUUGAUUCAUUUCAUCAGCUUUGAAAAUGAUCACUCAGCUUCUGUGCUUGUAAUCAGUAGGGUGCAGGCAAUGAGCAGAAGAUGAUGGAUGUUUGGGAAAGUAUCUUCAUCCCAAGCACCCCAUGCUAGUAAAAGGUCGUUUGGAAGCUCCCUAUCUGUUGAUUGCCAGAGUGUUUUCCAUCUACUUACCUCAUUUCCAAGGGAUUUGGGAAGUAGAAUGUCUUUCUCCCAGAACAGCAUGCCUUCAACUUCAUCAUCCAGCUGCAGUGCCUUAUUUACUAUAAUCGAUGGCACUAGAAAAAGCAGAUGGCGGGCAUGACGAUCUUUGUCAAAAAUCGAUUGCAUUUGGAUUAUUAAGGAGUCAGGAGGAGGAAUAGCUACAGCUGUCUUCUUGUAAUGAUCGAUUGGACUGGAACUUAUAUUAUCACUCUUAAAAUAGUAUUUUUGGUAUUAAAAGGGAUAGACAUAGGUAGCCAGACAAGUUUCAAAACUACCCAAAGGGGGGUUGCAACCCCCUCAACCCUUCCCCUAGAUCAGCCUCUGAAGAGGGGCUCAAGGCUGGGGGAAGCCUCAAGAAAAGUCAAAUAACCAGAACUUGGCAGACCCUGCUUCUGAGAAGGUACUACAAAAGCCCAGCCCAAUACUGGCUAGACUGACAAUUGCCUGAAGAUGCUGGAGACUCUGUUAGUGACAAGGCAGAGAAAGUUGAGGAGCCUGAAGCAACUGAUGUAGUAGCCGGAGAUCUAGUGUGAAAAUUGUAGAGGUCUGGGUGCAUGCAAGACCAGUUGGUUGAAUCUGAGGCUGCUGCUUCUUUUCUGAAGGCGAUGUCGUAGUGGAGCCAUGAUUUGUCAGAGAAGCGCCCUGCUGUCUGAAUAAUGAGUAACUUUUACUGGUUUAAACCUUUCCAGCGAGAGGGAAAGGUGUGGCAAAGAAUCAUACAAAAGAUUGUGAAGGCUUCUAUCCAGGUGACCAUGUCUGCUAUUUCAACAACCCGUUUCUUAGACCCUGAUACCACCAGUUUUCCCUCCAAAAACACGUGGGCUUUGAUUUCUUGAGCUUGAAUAUUGUCUGGUAGUAGGUCGGCCAGGUCUACAAAAAGGCCUGCUGUAAUUUUAAAAAGAAGCUUAUACGCGACUGAGCAUAGCCAGGACCCACCACAAAAGACACUAAAGCAACCUUUCCACAAGAUGAAGAACUCAAAGAUCCUAGCAGUGUACAAAGUUACCACAGUUAGUUCUAUCAUGUGAGCUGGAUGCCGCUAAGCUCAUGGGCGACUUGACUUCUAAGGUUGUGGACUGCUUGACCGCUGAGGUUGUGGACCACUUAACUGCUAAGCUUGUGAACCACUUGACCAGUAUGCUUGUGAACCGCUUCACUGCUAAGCGGAUGAACCUCUUGACCGCUAAACUCAUGGGCUGCUUGACUGCUAAGCUGAUGGUGGUCAAUGUAGUUAAAUUACAUUUAACCAAAUUAAGAACUUAUUACUAUUGUUAUUACAAUCCAAUCUCCCUGUGCAACCACCUCUCCAAAAGUUUCCCACUCCUCAGCAACAUAAACUAAGCAAAACAUAUUGUAACUUGGUUUGGUCUAAAAAAUAAGGGGGGGCCCUCCCCUGGAUCCACCACUGUGAUUCUUACACAUAAAAAUAUUAUGGUUUGCUAUCCUCAACUGGUAACAAAGGCCAUAUUCAUGAAGCAUACCAGUUGCCUUUAAAUUAUGCACCAUAGCAAAAUAAUGAACCUGUUGUGAUAAAUCAUAGAGCAGUCAUUUUUUGAUCAUAUCUAUCAAAACUUAAAAAAAAAAUGAAAAAAUUUGAUGGACAAACUUUUAUCACAUUUUAAAUUAUAAGAGUCACAAGUAAGAAGAUUUCCCUUUUUAACCUUUGUUUUUUUUAUGCAGAUGGAUCCUGACUAUGAACCUUCUGAAUCCGAGACUCGAACCAUCUUUGGGCUUAAACUUGAACAACUAAGAAACAAUGCCAGGAUUGAUAAAAGUUUCUUUACCAACAUACAGUCAAAGAGAAAAGAAGUAUGUGACUUGUUGAUUCCCAUACCUGGUUUCAGGCAACAGUCAUUCAUAAUAAUGAAAUUUUGUUGUGUUCUAUUCAUUAUGACAUGUUCCCUAGUGAUUGGUAGCAUCCUCAAAGCAACUUGGAAACCAACAAUGUAUGACCCUUAGGGCUUCCUCAUAUUAAUUUAUGCUAUUGUUUUUUUCAUUCUAUGUUUUGUGUAUGACAAGGAACUAAUAUUUUGUUGCUAUAAAAAGAGUUUUUUCUUUGAAUGGAAAUAGUAAUAAGUGGCAAUGAGAAGAGAAACAGCUUAACUCCCUUCCCAGCCAAUUUCCCUUUGUUUGUUUCUUUUUGGAUCUUUCACCACUUAAAGUGAUACCAGGUCCUGGUUGUUCAAAAGGUUGAUAGUGCUAUCCACCGGAUAAAUCACUAUCCAGCAGAUAAGUAGUACCAAAACCAAUUGCGUUAUUCACUAGAUAGUGAUUUAUCCAGUGGAUAGCACUAUCCACCUUUUGAACAACUAGAGUCUGGUGAAAGUUUAGUUGGUAUUGGGAGAGGGCUCCCACACUGACAGUUUAGAAUGCAACAAAUAGGGAUCUUAUGAUCCGACAACAGUGACGUCCAUGAAAAACGUUGCUGAAAAAUGGACUCCGCAUCCUUUCAAAUCAUUUUGCCAUUAUCCCAUGUCGCCAAGUUACUUAAAAGAAGAGAAUUUAUGUUGGAGCUGAAGAGAGGGGGGUGCACCCAAGUUCAGACAGAGAUGGUAGAAUUUAUCGCCUUGCUUUUCCAGUCUUGAAAAAAAAAACUUAAAAUUUGGUCAUUUCACAUUGUAGUCGUGCAGGGACGGCAAAUAAAUGUACAAAAAAGCAUGAUGCUCUUGCAGAGUUGUCGUUUUGCUGACUAAACCAUGUCCUAUUGCUUUUUGAUGUUGCUGUUGCCGUUGCCGUCGUAGUUUCAUAAGGUCCCUAAUGUCAGUAGUGGGGUGAUAAUAUGUAAGGCAAGUGAGUAUCAAUUACCAUCACAGUUGUUAAUACCUAAAUUUUCUUGUCUGGAAAUUGUCAUUAUUUAUGCAUGGUUCAGUUUGACUUGUAACCAUGCCCCUCCCCCACAACCCCCCCCCUACGGGCAUACCCUUGGAGGUCUGUUCCUCAUCCCUGAGCUCCUCAUUUACCUCAAAAACCUUUUUUAUGGGUACCUCAUUUUGAUCCGUACAAAAGCAAAAUGAGACGUUUUCACAACUUUUUUCACAACAUUUUCCAGAGUUUAUUGAGAGAAGGAUGAUGGAUGUAAUUAUCUAGUUAAAACAUGAACAAUACAUUUGAAAAUGAAAACGAAGAAGAAAAACUCUUUAAAAAAGUGCCUCCUUCGUAGAACACUUCAUAAGAACACUGAAUCUUUGUUUAUCUGUAUGCACCAAAAGCCUUGUAUCUGCUUUCAUAUAAGUUGUCUUUGUAUAUUAAAGUUAGACUGAAGAAAUAUUUCAAUCCUUCUUUUGCAAAAAAAUAAAAUCCAUUUGAGUAUGCAUCAUAGGCACAUUCGUUUCAAAUUUUAAAACAUUUUUGCCUCUAAAUAUGUGGUCUUUAGGUCCGCAGCCAUCGUGCAAACCACGUGAGAAAUGACACGUACUUCGCAAAAUCAAAGAGAAGAUAGUAUUUUUGAUUUGCCCCACCCCCUACCCACGGGAAAGGUCUGCUUCAAACGAUUCCCCACUCCCAGGCCAGAAGGGCCGGACUUGUCUUGAAUGAGGGUUGCCUGGGGGAGGGGGAUGGUAACAGAUCAAAUUGAAUGAUACAUUAGCUUCAUGCCCUUUAGUUUUAAGCUAUUUGUCAUCUUUCAGACAUUCAAUUGUCAUGCCUAUGUCUGGGCCUAUGUCAAUGAUUAGGAUUGUUCCAGUGAUGAUAUAUACUGAAUGCAUUUCACAUUACAUUUUACAUUUUCUUUUCAGUUACCAAAGAGUGCCUUGCGUGAUUUAACUGUGGCCAGUAUUGCCUUGAAGUACACCCAGUCUAAUUCAGUAUGUUAUGCCAAGGAUGGGCAGGUAAUCCAUUAAUGAUCACUUCAUCAGGGACAUCUCCAUUGUUUGUCGAAUUAGUUACUUACUCAAUUAAGGGCAUACCAUCUUAGCCAUGUCAGUUGUAUAAGCUUAAACCGGAACUCUGGUAAUUCAAUUUUCUUUAAACUAUAUAUGAUUUCCUUAGCGACAGAAUCUUUGUUUUGGUUUAAAAUACAAUACUCUAAUUUCAAGCCAAAUGAUAGAAAAUGUUAUCUGUAGCAAAAUUUUGAAUGUUAUUCCUUAGGCUACAUUUUAAAUUGUUUACAUCCUGCAACUUGUGAUUUAUUGUCUAUAUUAGGUAAUAGGCAUUGGAGCAGGACAACAGUCUCGUAUCCACUGUACCAGGCUAGCAGGUGACAAGGCAAACAACUGGUAACAAUAAUAACAUUAUUAUUUAUCCACCUGUGAAAUGUGGUACUGUACUGUGCAUGUUUUGUCUCUGAAAUCACCCAAUUGUCUUAGUCGUUGGAAUGCCAGUCUGCCGGACCCCAAGUAAAAACAUUCAGCCAUUAACCUCCUCUCUUACACCAAUGCCAAAAAAGUUAAUAAGGGAUGUUCAAAUACAUACUUUACUAUUCAAAUUGAGGAGGGGACACGAUCCCUUGAGAGCAAUGGUAAAAUUCCUUGUUGGAAUGGCUUUCAUGAUACUGAAAAUUAUCUGGAGAGAUUAAUUUGAUUAUCAUUCCUGCCUGGUGUAGCAAGAACUACAAUUUCAGAGGCAGGAUAGGGUAAAGGAUCUUUAUCUUGACCAAAAGCUAAGAGGGUGGAGCAAUAGACUAGUCCCUGUGAUGCCAAGGGUUGAAUGCUUCAUGAGGUACUGAAUUUUCUUACAAUGGUAGCGUUCAUCAUUUAUGUACUUUUUCCCCAACAACUGUGAUCUAUGCAUAAAGUACCUUAAGAGUUGGCCCCUGCCUUUAAAUAUCAGCCCAUCUUUAAUUAUAUCUCACAUCUCUUUUUUGUGUGAUUAACAGGUGGCUUCGUCAACACCCCAGAGUCAUGGGUAUGGUUUUCAAGAAGGUGAAUAUUUACUAGAAUGUUUGAUUGGGUUUUGAUAAUAUUUUUUCUAUUGAAAAGCUCUUUUCCUGUCAGCUUAAAUGCAGUUCUCUUACAAGAAAAGGUUACUGUUAGUUGAUUGAAGAUAAAGAAAAUUCACUUUAUACCUUGAGACAAAGCACAUCUAGAUCUGUAGAAUAAAAAAUUUCAAUGUCAUAGGUUGCAUUCCUUUGGGAUGAUCCAGAUCAAGAUUUAUGAUCCAAGAUUACUUGGAUCGAUCUGUAUCAAAGGAGCCAUUAUAUUCCAGACGAUACUUUUGACGCACCACUAUCCCGAUUUUUGACCAUUAAUUCCGAUUGGGGUCUUCCAAAGGAAUAUACCCAGUCAAGUUCAGUUUCAUACAUCAAUCAUCACCUUGGCUUAUUUAAUUGAGGCAUUAUUUUUUUCAGGGAGUAAAGAGAGCAGAAAUGUCAAAUGCCAUUGAUGUGUAUGUUAAUGGAACAGUUGGGCAGGUGAUAUUACAAACAAACAUUUCACGUAAUGUGCAGAUACCAACUAUUGAUAUCUCUUCCUACUGAAUUAGUCCAUAAGUGUCAAAUACUUGCUUUACCACUUUAAAAUGUCCUGAUCUAGGUCCAAUAAAUUAUUGCUGCGGUAGAGUUUAAGGUUUACCAAGGGGUCCACUUUUUGUGACUGGAAUAUUCACCUAUAAUUAUUAAUCAAGUUGCCAAGCAUGUAUUCUUUGCACUCACUUCAGGAUACAGAUAAAGAAGCUUGGACAGAAAUGUUUGAAAACCCACCAGAACUUCUAACUGAGGUAUGUCAUCGUACAGUUUGCCAUAUAUAUAUAGGCACUGAUUGAUUUUGAUUUCUCAAGUUCCAAUGGUUAGAAAACAUGGUCUAAAUCAACAAAACUCAGAAACCCAGGCAUUGUUUGGGAUACACGACAGCCUUUAUUAAUCAUAACAAAGUACAAUACAUGGAAAAUAACUAAAAGGUAAUCUCUAGUAUACAAAUAAAGUACUCCAACAAAAUAAAGAAGACCAAACUAAAAAAAUCAAAACAACCUCAAUCAAAUAAUAAAAGUGAUCACAUUGUCCAUGAAAAGAACAAAACAAAACCCUACAGGGAGGAAGGGAGGGAAAUAAUUGCUAGUGCAAUAAAAGUGAAUGUUGCUACUGCGAUGCCAAGUGAAAAUGUGACUAAACUAGAAUUGUAUCUAUCUGUAACCUUCAUGUACAGUCGUGGUAUUCCUGUCUAUCGUAAAACUACUAUAUCAUAGGUACUAACCACAUGGUAUUACGAAAUCUCUCAUGCUAAAAAACUACUGUGGUGUUCAGGGCUCGAAAUUAACUUUUUCGUUCGGGAGCCAGCUGGCGACUAAUGGAAAAAUUUUGGUCGCCAGAUCGUAAAUUUUGGUCGCCAACUUAUUUUAUAUAUAACUUACACAAGAACACGAUUUUAUACGUUACUUUGCAUGCAAGAGAAGUCACAACUGAAGAGCGAAAACAAUUAGAAACAACACGAGUAACACUUAGUUAUAAAGCUACCGUUGUUCUCAGGUGAUAUGUCUCUGGUCCGAAGGUGAUGGUUGUCUCCAAAGUCAUUUUAAAUGAAGCGAAGCAUAAAACGUUUUAAGUCCGUGGUUUUCAUUCUGAGACAAACACGGGUCCUUGUGUAUUUGCCCUUUGCUACUUCUACGAAAUGCCGUUCUAUAUUUUCGACUUGCUUUCCUCAACGCCUUUCGCUGCCGACAAACAACGCCAUGCUUGGCCCAGGCCUCUACACAACCACAUUGCUCGUACCAGUCUCCGACCGGGAGGAAACAAAAAUGGGCUUAGUGCAGUUUUUGGGUCUUCGUUUCCCUUUAGACAGAACGUUUUAGGAAAAUAAAACCUAAAAUGUUGCGGGAGUUACGAAGGCACCGUAUCUGCCACCAUUUUUGUUGUUGAAGUGCGCCUGCGACCCCAGUUUCGGAAGAAGCCGCUGAAACAAUAUGGCGCGCCCUGAACGCAGUAUCGACGUGUCGAAAUACAUUCCAUUUUUUCGAUUAUCUUGUAAUAUUCAGACAUUAUUUUACUGGGGACGGAAAGGUGAGUUGUAUACUAGCUACCAUAUCCGAUUGAUUUCCAAAUAUAAAGAUUUAAAAACAAAAGUUGUGUCGUGGUUUUCUUUAGUCAUCGGACAAAACGCGAGUCGCCAGCUGGCGACCAGUUCUGAAAAUUUAGUCGCCAGUGCUCAAUUUUUGGUCGCAUUGGCGACCAGUGAGUCGCAAUUUCGAGCCCUGGUGUUGUACUAGUCCUGCAUCCCAACUUGUCGCCUUCUUUUGAGAUUUAGAACUGCAUCAGUCGUCUCAACUCGUGCACCCCAUACAUGAAGAAGGGAACAAUUUAUUUCUUAAUAGAUUCAACACUGUUACAAACCAAUAAUGAUUUUUUUUUGUCUGACGUACAUUUGUGCCUGUGAGUAAAGACACCAACUUUAGACUUCAGGUGUGUGAUCACUGGAGGUAAAUUGAACUUGAGACUUCAGGUGUGUGAUCACCGGAGUAAAGUUAACCGGCAAUUUGGCCCCAGUUGUUCAAAGGCCGAUUAGCACUAACCAAGGUUAAAUUUUAACAUGGGUUUCUUUUUUGUUUGUUCAAAAGCUUUUUUGCAGAUAAUUUUCUCUAUUCUUUGUCGAGCAUCCAAUCAUCAAAUUGUAGGCAAAAAGAACAAAACUGAGUUUGCUUUUUAAGCUUUCAUAUCUGAAUUCAAAUUUCACACUAACCCCGGGUUAUCUUAACCCUGCUUUGAACAACCCGGCCCAGGUGUUUUGGAGGAAAGUGUGAGAGUUAGAGUGAAAUGUGAAAUAGGUCUGUGAAUCUAACAUCAGAGGAGAAAGAAAAUGCUAUAGAUUUUAAAUCAAACUGGGAAAAAUGCACACUCCAAUAGUUUUAGUAUAAGCUACAUGUAUUUUCUCCUAAGCCAUUUUUUUAAAGUCAUGUCCUAGCGGGAUAUCAUAGCAAGACUUUGUAAAGAAGCAAGGGAAGAUUGAUGAUACUUGCAAUUUUGAGGGUUGUGCAUGAGACUAUAGCAGGUUAGACAGUGAUCAUCCCUUGGAUGGUCAGCUAGCCAAGGGGAACCUUAACUCAACUGAUUGAAAGGAACUGCCCACGGUUGAAUCACUGGUAGAUGGUGAGAACCUUCAAGGGUUGAAAGGCCACACAUCAGCCAAUAAUAUUUCUAUUUUUUUUCCAAACACAGUGUAUAUCCAGUCACCACAAUUCAUGAAUAUCUAUGAUCUUUUGUCUGACUAGGCUGACAGAAAAGAGUGGAUUGCAACCCUUAAGGGUGUUUCUCUAAGUUCAGAUGCCUUCUUUCCAUUUAGAGACAACAUUGACAGAGCCCAUCUGGUUUGUAUUAAUAAUUUAUUAAAAUAUCUCAACUUUUUUUUACAUUGGUAUCAGCACAAACACUCAAGAGACCCAGCAAAUGGUCAUCAUUGACCAUUCCAAUAUCAUAAUAUAAUAUAAUUAUCAUAAUAGUCAACAUGUGAUUCCACAAGUGAUUUUCAGCAAGUACUUUAGUUCGCUGACUAACUUUUUCAAGUUACAAUGGCUUAUCUGUACAAGCCAAGAAUCUUGUAUUUAGCCAAAAUACUUCUGCUAUCACCAACACUUUUGUGGAAGGCUUAUCAUUUCUUAACAAAUUUGUUAGAGUAAGAACAAUUUUGACUUCAUAGGUACCACUGAAAGAAAGGUAAAACUAGGCAAAAUUGAUUCCUCCUCAAUGUUUACCUCCACUUUGUCUCUAGAAAUUUCAACUUCUUUCUAUGUCAUUGGCAUUAUUAUUGGAGUGAUAGAGCGGUUUUCACUUGACUGUCGUAAAACCAAAACCAAAGUAAAUACACUAGCUAACUAAAGGGCAUAGUAAAACCAAAACCAAAACCAAAACCAAUCCCUUUCGACAGUCAAGUGAAAACCGCUCUAAUGGUUUUUACAAAAACCCUCACAAUAGUUGGUCAUUACAAAAAUAUAAAGAAAAAGAAUACAAAUACAACUCCCAAACACUAUCUUUAUUAUAAUGUUUCUAAAGACACUUGCCUAAACCUGAGGUUUAUUUUUACCAAUGAAGCCUAAACUGAGGUGUUUGUGUUGUUAGAGUGGUGUGGAGUUCAUUGCCAGCCCCGCAGGAUCUGUGGCUGAUGAGGUGUGCAUCAAGGCAGCUGAUGAACAUAACAUGACUAUGGUGCUCACUAACAUGCGACUCUUUCAUCACUGAUUUAGACAUCACAGCACAGAUUCAAGCCUGCUUGACAUUUACAUAUUAGUCUACCUUAUUAAAGCAUCUUUUAGUUAGGUCUUUUCAGUGGACUUCAAACUGCCUCUAUUUCACUGAUGAAAAUGAUGAAGCUACAUAGUAGCUAUGUCUCACAUAAAGAUCAGUAGCUUUUUAGAAAAGCUAAGAAAAGCUCGACACCUGUUGUUUACUCUGUCUUAAGUAAAUUAUUAAGAUAUAAAUUAAGCAUUUGUGUUUGUGUUUCUGUAGUAACCUUUCUGACAAUAAAGGUAUUGCUGCACGUUCAAAAUGCUACAGGUAUUUUCUUGAUUGUUAACUGUGACUCUUGGGGAAUGU